UAUGUGCAUGAUUAGUGAACCGCGAAUACGCGGGGGAUAACUUUUGGGAGGGCACCGGAAGGACGUAGUCGCUGUAGGCAACAGUGACGCCCCUCAAACAGGCGGGAGAUGCGAGAAACCAGGAACAAUGGAUGCAAUUGCUGUGGCACAAACAAACGAGUGGAAGAACACCAAAGAAGCGAUCGCCAACUUUCGACAUCUGCUACUUUGUUCAAAAUGUUCCCAGUUGCUGAAGGAUCCUGUUUGUCUUGGGACAUGUGAUCAUAUGCUGUGCAGGUCGUGUGCAGGCCCAAAGGCAGGUGAUGGCUGUGUGGUUUGUCACAGCCCUUCCUGGGUGAAAGACAUCAAAAUCAACAGGCAGCUCAAUAGUAUCAUACCGCUCUUCUGUGACUUGGAGUCCAUGUUGUACCCUGAUGGACGAGCAGACUCCUCGGAGAUAAUGCGUCCACAAAAUGAGGGCACCGUCUUAAAAUGCAAGAAGAAUUUCAAGAUCUGGCUCAGCCCUCGCAGCCGCAAAAUGCGUUGCGUGGUGAAAAAAAAUCCAGAAGUCAUCACACCUGAAAGCAAGUCUGAAGCUCAGCCCGGAGCUUCCGCGGCAGCAGUCGGUGACAUGACAAUUUUCAACUUCACCUCGUCCUCUCAAGACUCUGGCUCCUCUUCGCCAGCAAAGUCCAGCAAUAAAAAACAGAACAGGAAGACGAGGACAAAUGCGAAAAAGAUUGGCGGCAGAAAGAAAACGACACAAAGAGCCUCAAAGAAACAAAGUGGACAGAUGGUGAGGAAGAAUCUUGAUAGUAUAAACGAGCAAUGGAGGAUUAUGAAGGAGCAAUCAGAGCAUUUUGACGUGGAAGGUGAAAGUACCUCUCAUAAAAAAGUUUCCUUCAUCAGCCCUGAUGGCCCAAUUUGCAUCAAUGAUCUCCGACCUGUGUCUAGCACACGCACCUUGAGAGACGGACUCACAGAAGGUCGUGUCGCUCCACCCAAGAGCUCAACGCUGAACGAAUCCGACACCGUUCAUGACACACUGCCCGCCUCCGCCUCCAUCCUCAAAACGAUCCCUAAAAAACAAACCGACCUUUCGUCUCCACAGCGUUCCUCAAAACGCCAAAGACCGAAGGGAGAGGUCGUUGCCCUGGAGACCACACCGAAAAGGCCAACAGCCUCAACGACCAGCUGUCGAAAAUCAUUGGGUCACUCGUCUCCCGCUGUCGCUAAUUCUCCGUCUUUGCCCAAGCGGAGGUGUAAAAAGCUCCCCCGAGAAGAUGGAGGGGAGAGUCCCACUCUUCCACUUACGGAAAGUCGAAAAUCUCCUUCUUCUCGUGCUUCUCGUGCUAACCCAGGGAGCCCAACGGUCGUGAAGAAGAACCACAAAGGAGAGACCCUGCUGCAUUUAGCCGCGAUAAAGGGGGAUGUCGAGGGUGUCAAGGAACUACUGGACCAGGGAGCUGACCCCAACCUGAAGGAUAAUGCAGGAUGGACACCUCUGCACGAGGCAUGUAAUCUGGGCCAUCUGGCAGUUGUGGAGACGCUGUUGUCAAGGGGGUCCCUGCUCAACACUCCCGGCUACAAAAACGACUCUCCGCUUCACGAUGCCGUGCGAAACGGGCACGUAGCCGUUGUCAAAUUGCUGCUGCAGUUUGGAGCCUCGCAGAAUGUGCUUAAUCUUCAUGGCAAGCGGCCUGCAGACUACGCUGCAAAUCGGGAAAUGCUGGAAGUCUUCCAGGAAGUGUCUGAGGAAGCCCAAAAUGCCAGCACAUCUACUAACAGCCCGGCUGCUUUCUCUGUCGUGGUUAAUUGCGCUAAGCAAGAAGAAAUGGUUUUGUUUGUGUCGAGCAAGCUGUCGAAAACAGACCAGCAUCAGAUUGCGAAGCUGAGCCGGCUUUUGGAUGGGAGGAUAACGAACUCCGUUACUUCUUCAGUGAGUCAUCUUGUGGUGCCAGAAGGACCCAUGCCGAGCACUUACUCCACUCUCCUCGGACUUCUUGCAGGCUGCUGGAUUGUCAAAUACAGCUGGGUGGAGGCAUGUCUGCAGGCAGGCAAGCGGAUGCCAGAAAACAAGCACGAAGCGGGCGAAGGCCCCCAACGCAGUCGCAUCAACCGAUACAUCUUGCUCCCACCGCUGUUCGAUGGCUGUUUCUUCUUUCUCUUGGGUUCCUUUAAAUCGCACAAAAAAGACGAGCUAGCCAAGCUACUCCGUGACGGAGGAGGUCAACUCCUGAGUCGGCGGCCCAAGCCCGACAGUGAUGUGACUCAAACCCUCAGUGCUGCUGCCUACCACGCUUUGCCGGGAUCGGACCAAGCCCUCUGCACCCAGUACAUCAUCUUUGACCGGCAGGGUCCUCACAGACCCUCACUGAUUCGGAAGGGCAAAGUGUGGUCUGCUCCUUCUACCUGGGUCAUUGACUGUAUCACAUCUUUCCAAAUUCUCCCUGUACCAAACUUUAAAUUAGCGUGAGUAUUCUUAACGCCAGCUUUUGUAAUUGCUCCUUAUCAUGUUAAUCAUUCAACAGUCUCAAUCUGAUCAUUUCCCCGCUUGAAGAUUUACAAUAACAAAGAUAAUUUGAACAAAUUUUCCCCUCCUGAAAUUUCAGAAGCGUCUAUCAAACUUUGUACCAUGGGAAAAUGAAGCUUCAGAUUUGCUUCAUGAACCAGUUGUAUUUUUCGUAACUCCUCCAGAUGCCACUCUGUUUAACAUUUGGCAGAGUAAAAAAAAAAACUUGUUAGUAGCAAAGUGGUGUUGAAAAGCGUAAUAACCUGGAAAAAUAGUUUUGUAGUUUAGAU